AUGUCCAUGUUCAAGCCCUCACAGCCCAUGAUGGCGCGCCUGCGCCUGACCACCAAGCAGGUCAAUGGCGGCUACUACAAGGGUAACCGCACUGGGUCAAUGGGUUACUUCGCGAAGAACGGCUCCUACGUGAUCGAUUGGAAAAAGGUCCGCACGUAUGUGGUGCCUGAGAAUCUGGAUCAAUUUAAGCUCACCCCCUUCGUGACGAAACGCAUGGCGCCCACAAAGUCCAAGUAUACGAAAGAGAUUGAGAAGAACGGCCGCGUCAUCACGCUGGAACGCGCUCUCGAGGCCCGCGAUUAUCUGGAUAUGUGGGCCGCGGAUAACGGGCAGGAGGUGAUGGAGCAGGAGCGCAUGGAGCUGCAGGCUGCUGAGGACGCUCGUGCUAAGGCGGAGGCGGCGGAGACCAAGAAGGCCGAGAAGAAGAGGAGGAGGGCGGAGGCGAAGGCCGCUCGGUCGGAGAUCCCGGUUGAGAUGUAA